AUGAGUGCUUUUUAUGUCUAUUCUCAUAUCACGAUUCAAUGGCUUGAACAUGCGAUUACAAUUCAUAGGUUUUUCGCUGUUUCCUUUGAUGGAGUCUACUACAAAAAUGUGUCCCGUGGGCACCUCCUGCAAUGUGCACUUCUACUCAUUCUCCCAGGGAUACCUUAUUUUGGAGCAAUUAUCACGCCACUGUUGGUAAACAUGCGUGGACUUUGCCCAGUUUUAUGUUCCAAGUACUGUGCUGUGUUGCAACCAGACUUUGGAAAUAUUUUUGAUGUACUAUUUACCGGAAGCUACUAUUUUUUUGGAUCACUAUGUGUGAUAGCUUUACUUGUUGAUUUAAUCGCUCUUCGAAACAUCAAAAUGAGAAUGAUCCAGGCAAGCCAACUCGGAGCAGCCAGCCAACAGCGCUCCGACAUUCGCUUUUCGAUUCAGAUGGCACUCACCCAUGGAAUGAAACUGUGUUAUUGGGUUCUCUUUUUUCUUUCCUUAAAAUACCAAUUUUUUACAAAAUGGGUACUUGGCUCUCAAAUGAACUUCAAUCGAUUGUCCACUAUUGUGCUGUCUGUAGAGAAUCUGCUUCAAGGCCUUUUGCUCAUCUACUUCAACCGAGCCGCAAAAGUGAAAACUGUCUCCAUUGAAGCAACAACGACACAAAGC